AUAAGUGGGGAUUUGUGCCCCAUAAGUGGGGAUCUGUGGGGCAGGAUGGGGGUCCCAGCGCCCCAUAAGCAGUUCCUUGUGCCCCAUAAGUGGUGACCCCCCCCCCCCUCUGCCCCAUAGAUGCAGGUGGAAGACCUGCUGUCCACAGACACCUGCGUGUGCCGCACCGACGACGGCCGCCUGGUGGAGGGGCUGCAGGAGGCGAUGCUGGAGACGGUGAUCCCUCGUGGUGCCGACGACCGCGUGAUGGUGGUGCUGGGAGAGCGCCGCGGGCAGGUGGGCCGCAUCGUGGAGCGUGACCCCCGGCGGGGGACAGCAGUGGUGGAGCUGCGGGGGGGGGCAGCGGAGCUGGGCUACGAUUGGCUGUGCCACUACGUGGGGCGGGGCGACGAGGAUGAGUGACAGAGGCCCAAAAUGGCGGAGCUGUGGGGGGGGGGGGGGCGGAGGUGGGCUACGAUUGGCUGUG